UUGUUCAGACGAUUUUUGACGUCAUUAAAGCGCGUGCGUGAAAUCGACUUCCUGGAAAAAUAAUGGCAGAAGAGUUUGUUUAUGAUCCUGAAAGGAACUAUGAUGAAGCCACACUGGCCCAGUUACGUGAUAUGGAAAAAGAAAUUGCAGAUAGGCAGAAUCUUAUUAGUAACAGGAUAGCCUUUGACAAACUGAGUGAAGAGUAUGCCAAAGAGGAUGAAAUAUACCGAACAAAAAUUCAAGGAGACUUGAAGAACCGAUAUGACUAUGUUCGAAAGACUCGAGGUGAUGGUAAUUGCUUUUUUCGAGCUUUUGGGUUUGCAUAUCUGGAAAAACUACUCACAGACCAAACAGAUUUGAAAAGGUUUAAAGAUGUGGCACAAAACAGCAAAUCCGAACUGGUUAAACUUGGAUUUCCAGAAUUUACCAUAGAAGAUUUCCACGAAACAUUUAUGGAGGUGGUGGGGAAGGUAGAGAACCAGUGUUCACUAGACGAGUUACUAGAGACGUUCAACAACCAGGGGCUUUCCGAUUAUAUCGUUGUCUACCUAAGGUUACUGGUGUCUGGAUUCCUGCAGAAAGAGGCAGACUUUUACAGCUGCUUUAUUGAAGGUGACAGAAGCAUGAAGGAGUUCUGCAAUCAGGAGGUUGAACCAAUGGGGAAGGAGUCCGACCACAUCCACAUCAUAGCCCUGACCAAUGUCCUGGGCGUCCCAGUGCGCGUGGAGUACAUGGAUAGAGGCGACUCAUUGCGAUGCAAUCAGCACGUCUUCCCCGAAGACUCUACGCCCCUUGUUACACUGUUGUACCGUCCUGGUCAUUACGACAUCCUCUACACUUGACACUGCAACCUUGUAUAUUAAGUUGAUUUAUAAUUGCUAGACUGUUGCUUUAUGGUCUUAUGAAAACUUGCGUAGUUUUGUAAUGUACUGCAAGCUGUGUGAGUCAUGUCCAGCACUGAUUGUAUUGCUUUUGGUAAGGGAAAAUAUGUCGACUGUGCAUGUUAUGUGGUUUUUUAAUUGCAUACAUAUAAGUAAUCAUGCAGCGCAUACUUUAGCCUGUAUUGUUGUUAUCUACUGUAUUGAAUGAAUAGGUUGAAUAAACUCCUGCAAUGUA